UUGCUCACUACGAAGGGGCAUCUCUUACGAAUGGGCGAGAACUGAUUGGAUAUGUCAAAGUUUUCUGAUAGCCUUCAAAAUAUUUAUUUUAACCUAGUUUUGUGUGUCCAUGUUAUUAGAUCGUAUUAGCUUAAUUUAGGACCGAGGAGAAAUGGCCGGAAAGAUUAGCAAUAACUCGGCUGUGCUCGAUGUGGUCACAGAGAACGCCGAUUUGACCUCUAUUCUCAAAGAAAACAAUACCAAAGAAACCAUGGACCAUUCUAGCCUCAGCAGCAUACCAUCUACAGUAGACAACUCAUUAGUACAAUCACCAAGCAUAGAGAGCUUCUCAACAAUGCAGGAUAUUGAGAAUUUAUCUGAACUAAAUAUGGAUGAAAAUUCAGAUCUGUGCAUCAAAAUUGAUAAUCCACAGAAACACUGGGACACAUUGGAGACUUAUAUCACAUUCAGGAUUACCACCAAGGUUGCUAGAAUUGAAUUCAAAGAGAAUGAGUAUAUUGUACGUAGGAGGUACAAUGAUUUCCUGUGGCUCAGGCAUAAACUGUUGGACGCGCAUCCAUUCUGCAUCAUACCUCCGUUACCGGCGAAGCAUAGUCUGAUAGGUCAAUUGGACCGCUAUUCCAAAGACUUCAUACUAGUCAGAAUGAAAGCCUUAAAUGUGUUCAUUUCGCGAAUAGUACAACACCCGAUACUGAGCUGCAAUGAGAACUUUAAGUUGUUCAUCACGGCCAAGCACCCUGAUUUCAAUCUACUUCGGAGGCAACGCACGAGCAACGAGAAUCGACCUCACCAGAAUCCGCCCAAUGUGCCGCAUUCGGUGCUGAAGAAUAAACACCUCGAGUUCGACAGAAUAAAGACGUACCUGACGCUGCUUACAGAGAAGAUCAACUCGGUGGAGAAGAUCUCCAGCCGCAUCAACAAGGAGCGCGUUGAGUUAGCCUCGGAACUGCAGUACUUUUAUCCCAUCUUCAUCACCUGGUCAGCCACGGAACCGGAGCUGGCGAAGUUGUUGCAGAGCACGGCUUCGGCAAUCGAGAAAACGAUGGUCGCACAGAACGGUGUAGUAGCCAAUUACCAGGCGACUGUCGCAACUCCGAUCAAGGACUUCACCGCAUACGUGGAAGUCGUCCAGGAGGCGCUGCAAAAACGCGAAUCUUAUCAGGCCGUCUACGAGCACUCGUUGGAUGAGCUCAACAAGAAGCGUACGGAAAAGGAGAAGCUGGUCGCUGUAGCAUCCGCGAAUCCGACCAACAAUGUUGGAAGUGGUUUCUCCCUCUGGAAACAACCCAGUUGCGACGAGAAGCUCGAGAAAUUGGGUAAUUGCAUUCCGCAGCUGGUUAAGAAGGUGGAAUUGAACCAGGAUAAUCUGGAGUGUGCCAACGAGCAGCUGCGAAGCGACGUUGAACGUUGGCAGGAUGAAAAGCAACAGAUGCUGAAGAAGAUACUACUAGAAUUCGCGAACAAACAGGUGGAGUACUACGAGAAAAGCGUCUCUGCUUGGGAGUCGGUCAAGGACAGAAUGGUAUCGACGGCACCUCCGCCGCUCCAGCGACAGCAAAAGGCCGCCUCAGGUUCCACCAAUUGAUCAUCACGACGAUGAUGAUCCACCCAUCCGUCUACACACUCUACAGACAUUCCGCGCCGCGAUCAAAAACAUUUACCUGCAAC